AUGGAAGCUCCUCAAGAGAAAGAUCAGCUCGUCCCCUCAGCUAACAACCCCAACUCUAACUCUAACCCUAAUGAAAAUGCUGAGUCAGACCCUUUACUAGCUCCUCAAGACCGCGGUUCUUCUCGUUCUUUGGUUAGAGAUGCAGUCGAAGAAGCCAUUCUGCGCAGUUUAAAUGGCUCAAGAUCUAUUCUGACCAUCUCCAUGCUAUUUAUUUUUGCCAGAAUUCUUACGUCAAUUCUCAUCCUUGCCUUAUGUGAUAUAAUUCAUGCACCAUAAUGAUCGUUAUGCCCCAGUAGAAUACUGAUCAGAAAAAAAUAUGGCCCCAAGUACAGUUUAAAUUAAUUAGGUAUCAUAAAAUCAUAAACAGAAAUUUAUCAUUUUCGUUUUUACUUUUCAAAAUAAUUGACAAGUUCAAAUUAAUUUUAAAAAUUAAAUAGAUCGUCAAUAAUGGUCUUAAAUAUUUCAGGGGCUAUACUGAUACUGACACCCCUUUAAAGACCUUUAUUAUCGUUUUAAUUGCAAUCGAUAUUUGCAAUAUUUUUAUCAAUGGCUCCAAACAUUAUAUGUAUACAAAUCCAGCCUCAGAUGGCUUUAAACGUGCUAUUGGGGGUUUCAGCACGCUACUUGCACUGUAAGAUAUAUAUAGUUUUUACUUUGCCUGGCAAAUUACAGGAAAUGUGUGGUUUUAUUCUUGUGAUGACUGUUGGGAUGAUGCUGUAGAAUUGACGACUUUGUCUUUGAUUUAUAUCAUUUUUGGGUAUAGUGUGUGACCUCUUUUGAGAGUCUAUAAGAAAAAUUAUUAUUUCGAUAAGCCAAGAGUAAUUUGAGCCCUUUUUUUAAUUCACAAAUAUAAAUAGCGCGCUUAAGGUCAUUGGUUUUAUGAGAAAUUCCUUUAAAUAAUCCAAAUAAAAGCAUUCGCUAUACCUUCAUUUUUGCUGGCCUGUGCUAUUUUGCUGCUGCCUUUGUCUAUGCAUUCCUGUACUUAUACUAGGUUUAGCGGUAUUUGGAAGGGGAUCUCAGACUCCAGCUACCAAAGAAAUGCUUGAGAAAUUAGUAGCAGAAGAAUAUGAUCCUUCAAAGCAUACAGGAGAUAGAACAUGUGCUAUAUGCUCUGAAGAAUUCCAGAUAAGUGAUAAAGUCUGUGCUUUGCCUUGUGACGGUAGACAUAUAUUUCAUGAAAACUGCAUUAAAAAUUGGUUGAAAGUUAAUGCAAUUUGUCCAUUGUGCAGGAUGCCGCUUGUUCCCGAGAAUUCUUAG